AUGGACGACGGGAACAACAUCGCUCCGCGGCCAACUGUCAGCGCGCUCCUCGACGACUUCCUGCCUGCUGGUCCGCCGUCGAGCGAGCUGCAUGAGAAGCCAGCAAAGCACGUAGUAGAGCGUAGCUGGAGCCGCCGCCUUCUUGGCCUCGUCCAGAGCGCCAUGUGGCUCACGCACGCGUCUGACUACGACGCCGAGGUCGAGAUGGCUCGGGCCACGAUCAACGAGUACCGCCUGCAUUUGAUGGAGAUGCUUAUCGAGCGCGAGGCCUCAUAUGAGGCUGCACUCGCUGGACAUCGUCGCUUGUCCGCGAAGUGGGCCGCACGACUCCGUCCGCUCGCGCCCGAGGGCCUUCCUCGAGCCUGCGUCGAAAAGAUACGCUUUCUCAGCGUGCUCAUGAUCCAUGACAAGGUGCUGCAAGUUGAUAUGGAGGCUUGCGUUGUGGAUCUGCUCCGGUCGCGGCACCAAGCCACCGAGGACCUCGCACAGGCCCUUGCCUCGACCCCGACACAACAUCUCUUGGAGGCCAUCAUGGACGCCAAGUGGACAUCGCCGGUCACGAGCCUCAUCAAAAGCAACGUGCCGCAUUCGAUGCUGCGACACCGACAAGCGCACCUUGAAGCGGCUAUGCGCCACGCGUACAGCGUCAUCCUUGCGAUGCCGACGAACGACGAAGAGCUUGGGUGUGUGGAUGCACCGAAGCCAAAAGAAGUGGCGACUGUUCUCCGUGCCCUGCAGGCUGUGACAACAACAGCAGUGUCCUCUGGUGGUCGAUACCCUGUGUCCCACCUCAAUGCAUUUCGGCGCUGCGUCAGUGACACCCGUACACGCUGCGGUCGGCUAUUACGUGACUGGGCUGCGAAGCUCCUUGCGGACGCCGAGGCAACGUUCGCGAUCGAGUCAGGGAAUAAUGCGUCGGAGCUCGACCAUGUCUUCGUACCCGGCCUAUCGAGCUUGAUCCCGGCAACGACGGCCCGCAUCUAUGUCACGGGCAUUCGCGUCACGCACCUGCCUCCGCCCAAGACACUCCUCGCCUUUGAACGUUAUUUUGCACUUCGGGUGCAGGAUGAGUUUCAGUUUCCGACUGGAGAGGGGGAUGCGUGGUCCGCCUUCCGCAUGUGCGUCCACCAUACGGUUUUCUCGGCCAUCGCCAAGAUCGCCGCAGCCUAUGAGGUUCAGACGACCCCCGGCUUUUCCCGCCAACUCUAUCAUUUCGGCCACGCCACCUCGAGCGUCGAUUUGACGACCCUCGGCGCUCCAGCGACCGUCAUCGCUGCUGGAAGCCUCCCAGCGACCGAGGCUGCACUCGCUCGCAUCGUUGUCGAAGUCACACCGGGUGGUGUCGUCACAGCCGUGCUCGCCGCCAUGCAUUGCAUGCACAACGAGGUUGGGCAACUCGGGUGCCACUCUUUGAACGCAGACGUGCUCAUCCCGCUGCUAAUCUUUGUCAUUGCACGGGCGAACGUGCCGGCCCUCCUCCGUCGGCUCGCACUUGCCUCAACGUUUUCGUUCGACGAUGGCUCCGAGGCAGCCUACUACCUCACGUGCAUGCGUGCAGCAGUCUCGGUCGUGCUGGGCGACGCCACGCACUGCGCCACCUGCGCCGACGCCUUUGACAGUCUCGUCGUCGCCGAGGUAUCAACACCACCGGAAGUUGCUGCUGCGUCGCCCCCGCUCGUUGAUAUGACCGCCCUCUCGGCGUGGAUUGCCGACAGGCGGGUUGCGGAGGAGACGCUCCUGCUUGUCGAGGCGUGGAUGGCCUGAAUCUUUGUAAUAAAAUAAAAUCUUCUUUGGAUCCGA